CCCACGAGGCCACCAAGAGCCAACCGGUACCAAGCCAAAAACAGGCGCCUUUCGCAUUCCGCCGCCCCUUCCCCCCGCCAAGAAACAACUCUGCCGCCGCACUGUUUCAAAACCCCAUUUUUUAUACAUCAAUUCCAUUCCUCCCUCCCCAAAUUGCACUCCUCAGAUUACUCCAUAGAUUGAGAACCCUUCACACAUUCCUCCAUGGCCGCCGCCGCCUCGCCGGCAACAUUCUAUGGAGUCAACCACCGCUCGACCACGAAAUCUCCCCCUCACUCCUUCAUUCGACCCCACCGCUUCUUCCUCGCUCUACGCUCCUCCUCCUCCUCCUCCUAUCCGUCUCCAUUCACUGAGCGCACUUCUUCCGAGCGAUACCGGAGGGACAGCUGGGCUUACGGCUCUGCCGAUUGCUCUUCUCCUUCUCCUUCCGAAAAGGAUAACGAAAUCGCUCUCCAGCUCCCCGAGCUCAAGCGGCUCCUCGAGACUCUUAAAGCCGCCAAAAAGUCGAGCGGCGGCGGAGGAGGAGGAGGAGGAGGAGGAGGGCGGCCGGGGAGCGUGACGCUGGUCGGAACCGGGCCGGGAGACCCGGAGCUACUGACCCUCAAGGCUGUUUGGGCGAUAGAGCGAGCCGAUCUCGUUCUCUACGACCGGCUCGUUUCCAACGACGUGCUCAAUCUAGUUCAUGGGAACGCUAGGCUUCUCUACGUCGGCAAAACUGCGGGGUAUCACAGCCGGACGCAGGAGGAGAUUCAUGAAUUGCUGCUGAAUUUUGCGGAGGCUGGUGCCAAUGUUGUGAGGCUGAAAGGAGGGGAUCCUCUGGUGUUUGGGAGAGGUGGAGAGGAGAUGGAUUUUUUGCAACAACAGGGAAUAGAAGUUAAAGUUAUUCCUGGUAUAACUUCUGCUUCUGGAAUAGCAGCAGAACUUGGGAUCCCAUUGACACAUAGAGGCAUUGCAAAUAGCGUUAGAUUCUUGACUGGUCACUCAAGGAAUGGUGGCACCGAUCCCUUAUAUGUAGCAGAACAUGCUGCAGAUCCUGAAUCAACAUUGGUUAUCUACAUGGGCUUGUCUACUCUUCCUGGCCUCGCCGCAAAGUUAAUGAAGCAUGGCUUGUCUCCUAAGACUCCAGCUGUUGCUGUAGAGCGCGGGACAACUCCUCAGCAGCAAACAGUGUUUGCUGAGUUAGAGAAUAUUGUUUCUGAAGUGAAAUCGGCCAAUUUAGUUUCUCCUACUUUAAUCAUAGUUGGUCGGGUGGUGGCCCUGUCCCCUCUCUGGCCUCCAUUCUCAGAAGAAAAAUUAGAAUUGCAGAUGAGGCAAAACGAGCAACACAAAAGGAUAGCUGCAAUAGAGAUUGGAAGACUGAAAACAUCUCUCAAGCGUGAUCCAAAUUUCAGCAGUUCUGUGGAGAUGUAUAAUGUUGGGAAAUGUUGAGGAUGAGGAGGUGGAAAUAAAAGCUGCAGCAAGAUUCCUGUGAAUGAGGUGCCAGAGACAAUAUUCUAUCGUUUCUUGCUGGGUAUCGGUUUCUUGUGGUGAAAACAGGGGAGGAAUUGGAGUAU